AUGAACUUCAGGGAGCGCAUGAUGCGCAAGACCGGACACGAACGAAUAAGCUUGGCGAGCCAUCAGUCUGCGCAGGAAGAUGUGUGCUUUCCCGCCCAAGAGGAACGACAGAAGGAUCAACUUGACAUUGACUUCGAUUACCUUGAAGACUUUAUCGCUGAUCAACGCCUUGCCCGAAUUGGCAGCCAUAAGGAAUCCGAUAUUAGAGUGUUUUCUGAUCUCCGUCGCCACGGAUCUACCACUUCGGUUGUGUCAGCUCCUGGAACUAUUGCGCUAGAUGAGCUUGGGAGUCUUCCUAAUGUCACCUCUGACGAUAUGGUGAAUCUGUUUUUCUCGUCGGCUUGGGAGUCCACGAUCCAUGCGGCAGAGCUGGGCGAUCUAGUUCUUCCCGGGGAGGACCUCCGCAACUUGUUCAUUCUCCCUAGGGAUGAAGACGGUGUGUGGUGGCUAAAUGUCAAUAAUCCGUCAAAGGAGGAGGUGGUGGCCAUCUGUAAGGCCUUCGGAGCCCAUCCGCUAACAACCGAGGAUAUUGCCACGCAAGAAACCCGUGAGAAGAUUGAGCUUUUCCCUUCCUACUACUUUGCUUGUUUCCGCUCGUUCAGCCCAGUACCCGACGAUGAUGGUUACGAGGAGUACGAACCAUUCAACAUCUACGCGAUUGUCUUUCGGGAAGGAACGCUCAGCUUCAGCUUUGCACCCAAUAGUCAUGCCGAUUGGAUCUGCUACGCUCUGAUGGCAUGCAAGAAAAACAUCAUCGCACUCAUGCGUCUGAUAAGCGGCAAGGCAGAUGUGCUUAAAGGCUUCACGAAGCGCUGCAACGAAAACUACAAGGUUACACCUCGAAUGGAUAUUGGGCUCUAUCUUGGUGAUAUUCAAGACCACGUCGUUACCAUGAUGACCAAUCUCGGCCACUUCGAGAAAAUGUUGACACGAGCGCAUAGCAAUUACCUUACGCAGCUGUCAAUCAGCAACAUUCGGCAAGUUACCGAGACAAAUGCGUCGCUCAGUAAGAUAACUUUCCUGGCUUCAGUUUUGGUGCCGCUCAACCUCAUUAGUGGCACAUUCGGCAUGAACGUGACUGUGCCGUUCCAAACGAAUGAGUCUCUGGCGCCCUUCUUCGGCAUCAUUGGUGUAAUGAUCGUGGACGCGGACCUUAGCCGGUUGAACGACAAGGACAAGGCUGAGCUCCGACAAUUCCUCUCCCUUGAGUCUAAGAGGUCUGAGGUUCAGGCUAAUACACAUGCGCUCACCGAAGUGUGCUGGAAGAAAUGCAUCACCAGUGCCUCGAGAGGACCAAAACUAGACAAGACGGAGGAGAGCUGCCUCACAAACUGCGUGGAGCGCAUUCUUGACAUCAACUUCCUCACCGUAAAGCACCUUGAGAAACUAAGACAGUAA